AUGGCUAGCAUUAUCAGUCAGGUACCGGGAUUCAAAGAGUCACGACUCCGGUCACUCUAUUCGGACUUCAGUCACUUGAAAGAGGUUAAUCCGGAGGGUUAUGAUGCCAACAUUUCUGCUUGGUGUGACGUGCUCGAUCUCUGUCUCAAGGAUCAUUACUUCCAGUCUACAAUCACCUUACCAGGAACCGAAUUGGCUUCGAAAUUGGCAGAUCCUACCUAUGGCCAUCCAAAGGGAUUGGCAUCGGUUCUAGACGCAGAGAUUCAGAAUGGAAAAUAUGUACCAUGGUCCAUCUACAAGUUCUCAUCUCCGGAACCGGCCUGGAACCUUAAGGACUACUUUUCGCCCAUGAGAUGGGUGGAACAGAAAUUAAGAACGUACCGAAUCGGGAAAUUCUCCCUGCUGGACGGCAAAGGUGGUGUGUGCAAUGACUACUUCAUUAAUUGGCACAUAUUGGCAUCGACGGGAGAUAGACUCGGAGAGAAAAUCACCGCUGAGGUGCAGAGCAAAGGAACGUACUCGGCGAAAUUGCUAGAUAGCGAUCUUUUUAUGGAGUUGGUCAAAAAGUUGGACCCGAACUUGUCUGAUUUGGAUAUCCAGGUACUUCUUAUCUAUUUGAGUAGAGAUUGCGGGAAGUUGACGGUAGUUAGUGACUACGAGAAUGCUCGUAGAGCAUUUGUGAAGGUGGACAAUUCUCCAAUUACCGAGGAAGAUUUUGGAAUCAUCAAGAUCAAAGCAAACAUCAGAAGCAUCCAGGCCAGAACAGAUAUCUUGGCCGAGAGACUCGACAAAGAAAUCCCAGAGAAGAUCCGGACGUUACUCCAACGAGGAAAGAAUGACGAGCGCUUGAGAAAUGUGUUGGUGCAGAAGACAUAUGUAACCAAAUUCUUGAACAAAUCUUUGGGCAUCUUAUCCCAGUUGAACAUGAUUUUGGAUAAGAUCAACGAUGCGCAGACAAACGUAUCGGUCUAUGACUCUUUGCGGACGGCCAAGGGAGUGCUUGCGUUUUUCAACAACCAAAUCUCCUUUGCCGAUCUCGAUAAGAUUCAGCUGGAGUUGGAUGAGGAAAUUGCGAUUUCGAAUGAGCUUACAGAUGCUUUGGUGGUGACUCCUGAUAUGGAUGAGAGGGCCAUCGACGAUGAGAUGGAGGAAUUAGAGAGAGAGUAUAUUGAGAGGAAUGGGGCUAAGGACACCGCUAAGAACAAGAUCAGUGAGGGGGCUAAGCAUCAAACAAAAGAUGAGGUGAAGGAGAAUGUCAAGAAUGAAGUUAAUGACAACAUCGAGGCUGUUAAGGAGAAUAAUAAUGGAUCUGAGGUGGAGGUGAAGAAAGAAAUCAAGAAAGAUCCUGAGGCGGUGAACCUCGAGUCUGAAGAUCCAAAUGUGGUCAUGGUAGAUGUUCCACGGAAAAUAAAUCAAUCUUUGGCGCCAGAGGAUGCAGAAAGCAAGGCACUAAUUGACAAGUUACUGGAGUUGAAGUUGACAAACCUAGAACCAUCGGAAGAGAAGGAAUCCAAGAAUACCGAAAGGUUGUUGGCUACAGAUUAG